AGUCCAUAAGGGCUAUCCGUUGGUCAAAACAAGCUAGGUUAGCAACGGUAAUGUAAGAUAGUAAACGCUACGUAUCGGUAUAACAAUAAAACGGCCAAUCUGCGUUAUCUUCCCAGUGAAUAUAUGGGAUCCGCAGAAUGUAUCUGUUAGUCAACCAAAUGUUGCAAUAAGUAGACUUGGGUGUGUUUGUGAACUAGCUUUACUGUUAUCGAACGAAUACUGCUAACGAAGAUUGCGGCUAGUCAUUUGGAAAUGGUCUGAACCGCACUAGCUAGCUAAAGUGAACGCGAGGUUGUACGUCUCGGUGUUUUCCCAAUUACACACAACCUCACAGAAGGUGGAGAUAAUGCACCACGUCAAAAUCAAGACUGAAAGGCCAGAUUCGGAGGGGACAGGUGCACGCAGCAGAUUGGAUGCUGUGUUACAGGGACUGGUGGAGAGAAGUGAAAAUGAAAGGGAGCAAAAUGAGGGUGAUGCUGGAAAACUGUCAGUGGACUCUUUAAACAAGGAUUUGUCUCCAUCGUCUGCUGGAAAACGACCAUCAGCUCGAUUUCCACAGCACCGGAGGAAGAAGCGAAAAGAGAUGGAUGAGGGCAUACCAGAGAGCAAUCAGCACAAACAAAAUUCUUACAUUAUCAAGUUAUUUGAUCGCAGUGUGGAUCUGGCUCAGUUCAACACAAGCACCCCACUGUAUCCUAUCUGUCGUGCCUGGAUGAGAAACAAUCCGUCUGUUCGAGAGCCAGCUGCUUUCCCAAGCCCCUCACACUGCAUGGUAGAGGAAGAGGUUACAGACAUGAUCAAUGGUAAAGGUCAGAAUGUGUACAGACUCCCUCCUCCAACCCCGUGUCCAAUCAGCACAUCUGGUGAACUCACCAAUCUCAGGAUCCCACAGACUGAAAAACCCACUGUUACCAAGUUGACAGAUUCAGUUCCUGUAUCCAGUUCUCUCAUAUGCGACCAUAUGGAACGUUGGAAAAAGAUAAGGCAAAAAUGGAAGGAGUGCUCUCACAAGAAUCAACUAAGAUACAGUGAGAGUAUCAAGAUCCUUAAGGAGAUGAAGGAACUUUAUGAUCGCUAACUCUUCACCACAGAAUGGAAUUUGUUGUAAACUUUUGAAUAAAUCUAACUUGCUCAUCAGUAAUUUUUUUUUCCAGAGUUGACUGUGUUCACCAUGACUCGUUCUUUUGACGUGCACCUGGCAGCUUGUUAAUUCUUUAUGUCUCUGUUCUUUUGCUCAUAUGUGACUUAACAAUUUUUUUUGGGACAGUAUGAUUGAAAAUGACAUGGAAUAUGAUUUAAAUCCUAAUUUGCGUUACUUAUAUGUUCUAAAUCAGAUGCAGAUCAGAUGUUACUUGCAGUGCAACCUGAGUCAUAUUGAAAUCCACAAAACUUGAGCUGAUGCAAAGUUAACACAGCAGUUGAAAGUGACCCAGUUUUAAUCAUCCGCCCCCCAAAUCUGACUUCACAGUCAUUUGUGUAUGUAACCUGUAUUUAACAUCAGUGUGAGAAGAAGCACCACAUAUACAAACAGCAUACUACUUAGCAGAAAAUUCCAUUGGCAUAACAGUUCAUCAUUGAAAUUGAUAAAAACUGCUGACUGUUAAUAUUGCUGUAACAGUAACGUGAGCAUGUUCAGUGGGAGGAAAAAUACAAUUUCAAUCUGACUGUUCGUAGCCGUAACACCAGCAGGAAUCAAAUGUGUAUCUGAUUAUUGCACACAUAUGAAAGUGCCCAAAUUCAGAGUUGAAAAGUUGAUGCAAUUUGUGCUGUUCAUAUUGUAAUAUAAAAAACAGAUUUGACUGGCAUGACCAUAAAAGAUUUGCCUACAGUGUAAACAUAGUAUAAAUGACUUGCCAUAAGACUUUUGUGAAGAGGUUAUGAUGAUGGGUUUGCAGUUUUACAUGUGGCAUUAAUUUUGAGGCAGGGAAGAUAUAGUUGCUUUAACAUGUCAGUCAGAGGACUCACUUGGUACAUGAUGAAUGCUCCAUAUUUGGUCAUUGAAAACUCUUUGGUUUCCUUUUAUGUCUGUUUAUCCUGCCACGUUGUCAAUUUGAAGUUAAUGUUCUAGAGAAGUAACUGUUAGAUACUUCCUAACUACACAGUAGUAAGUGCUUGACCACUACCUAAAAUGAAGAUUUAGUAAACCUGGAUAAUUGUAAAGGGGCUUUUCUGUUUGUAUUUAUUUUAUAUAUAUUGACUUAUAAUUAAUUUUAUUUUUUAAAAAUUGCAGUUUAGAAUGAUUUCAGAACUUUAUAAGUUGCAAACCAAAGCAUGCACAACAAGAUACUAAAUAUGUAGGAACCUACUGAGGAAUGAAGAAACCCAAUGUAAUUUGACAGCAUACCAACAAACAGGUUGUGGUUAGUGUUUCAUUUCCCUUUUUUAAUGCUUAGAAAUGUGUGUGUUUUGUUGACUAGUGCAGUACAUUUGCGAAAUGCUGAGUGUGAACUAUGGUGAUUCUGGAAAGU